GGAUGAGUGUAUUUUAAUUUUACGUGUCUUUGAAUUGCGUAAAAUAUUUAGAUAAUAUCUAGACUAAGAGAAUAAGUUAGAAAGUAAAUAGUGUAAAGAAGCCAUUUGUGCCAGUUUAUUGGCAUCAUGCCUUCAAUAGACAUGAUGGGUCCUCCGGGGCAGCCGCUAGACGCGGCGCCGGAGGAGCCCCAGGCGCCCCCGCCGCCGGUCAUCGGGAUCAUUUACCCACCACCAGAAGUCAGGAAUAUUGUGGAUAAGACGGCCAGCUUCGUAGCUCGCAACGGGCCGGAGUUUGAGGCGCGUAUCCGGCAGAACGAGCUCGGCAACCCCAAAUUCAACUUCCUCAACUCUGGGGACCCCUACCAUGCCUAUUAUCAGCACAAGGUCAAGGAGAUCAGAGAAGGGAAAGACACUGGGCCACCGCCGUCGGCCGGCGGGCCGCCCGGCAUCCGCGGCGCGCUGGCGCCGGCGCAGGCGGCGCGCCAGCAGGAGCUGCUCAAGGCCGCAGCCCCCGCCGAGCCCCCGCCGCCGCGCGACCCGCCCCCGGACUUCGAGUUCCUCGCCGACGCGCCCUCCAUCUCCGCCCUGGAGUUGGACAUCGUCAAGCUCACGGCGCAGUUCGUGGCGAGGAACGGAAGGCAGUUCCUGACGGACUUGAUGAAGAAAGAGGAGAGGAAUCAUCAGUUUGACUUCCUUCGCCCGCAGCAUUCUUUGUUCCAGUACUUUACCAGGUUACUGGAACAAUACACCAAAGUGUUACUCCCACCAAAGGAGCUAACAGCAAAGCUUGGCCAGGAGAUCCGGACCGGGGCCCUCGACGCGGCCCGCGGGCGCGCCGCCUGGCUCGCGCACCAGGCGCGCCGCCGCGCCCAGGACGAGGCCCGAGUGGAGCGCGAGCGGCUCGCAUACGCCUGUGUCGACUGGCACGACUUCGUAGUUGUCGAAACUGUCGACUACCCAGCGGGGGAGCCUGGAGACUUUCCACCGCCGACCACACCACUUGAAGUUGGAGCGAGAGUGCUGGCUCAAGAACGAGGCGUUACGGCUCCUAUUGACGAUGACACAGAAAUGCAGCUCGAAUCCGAAUCAGAAUCGGAGAGCGAUGAGGAACUGUCCACUAUGGAAGAUCGCACGCAGCAGCAGCGACCUGAUGAUACGCGCGUCCAAGACAUGGAGGAAGACAGUUCUUCGAGUGAAGACGAGCGCGCGCCAGCUCCUCCACCACCGCGUCGUCCAGUCCGCGAAGAAGCACCGCUACCACCUCGUCCGGACCGCGUCGUUGUCAAGCAAUACGAUCCGAAGCAGCCGCGACCGGCCCCCGCCCCGCCGGGCGACGAGUGGCUAGUCUCCCCUAUCACCGGAGAGAAGAUCCCAGCGAGCAAAGUUGCCGACCACGUCCGUAUCGGUCUAUUGGAUCCUCGCUGGUUGGAGCAGAGAGAUCGCGCGGCGGCUGAACGCUCCGACCGCGACGAGGCGCUCGCCCCGGGCGCCGCGAUCGAAGCCAGCCUCAAGCAGCUCGCCGAGCGCCGUACCGAUAUCUUCGGUGUCGGUGACGAGGAAACGGCUAUCGGUAAAAAGAUCGGCGAAGAGGAGAAGCGUCGCGAUGAUAGAGUCACUUGGGACGGGCAUACGUCUAGCGUCGAAGCGGCUACGCGCGCCGCUCGCGCUCAUAUCACACUUGAAGACCAGAUUCAGCAAAUCCACAAAGUUAAAGGGCUAUUACCAGAUGAGGAGAAGGAGAAGAUAGGUCCGAAGCCCGUGACGGCGCCGCCGCCGCCGCGCAUGGCGCCGCCCCGGCCGGCGCCGCCGCCCGCGCCGCCGCGGCCGGUGGCGCCGGCGCCGGUGCUGCUGCAGCCGCUGCCGUCGCUGAUGGUGCUGCCGCCGAUGGCGCCGCGGCCGCCGCUGAUCGCGACGCCGGUGCCGGGGUAUUACGCCCCGCCCGUGGAGGAGGAGGAGCCGGCCGCGAAGCGCCCGAGGACGGAGGACACGCUCGAGCCGGAGUCUACGUGGUUAGCUCGCCACGGAGGCGGUAACGUAGGCGUGAGCGUGGUUCUUCCCGCGCUCCCAGAGCGCACGGAGUGGCGCCUGGACGGGCGCGCGCUGCCGCUGUCCAUCUCGCUGAGCGCCUCCGUCGCCGACCUCAAGACCAUGCUGCAGCGCUCCACCAACAUGCCCAUUGCUAAACAGAAGCUGCAGUACGAGGUUAGUCGCUAAUAUAAGCAAGUUCGUAGCACAUCACUCUAUGCCGUAGCACAUAAAACCUUCGUAGCACACUACAAGCUCCGCUACGGGUCUUUACCAGUGAGUGUAGCACUCCCAGCGCUACCAGAGCGCACGGAGUGGCGCCUGGACGGGCGCGCGCUGCCGCUGUCCAUCUCGCUGAGCGCCUCCGUCGCCGACCUCAAGACCAUGCUGCAGCGCUCCACCAACAUGCCCAUUGCUAAACAGAAGCUGCAGUACGAGGUUAGUCGCUAAUAUAAGCAAGUUCGUAGCACAUCACUCUAUGCCGUAGCACAUAAAACCUUCGUAGCACACUACAAGCUCCGCUACGGGUCUUUACCAGUGAGUGUAGCACUCCCAGCGCUACCAGAGCGCACGGAGUGGCGCCUGGACGGGCGCGCGCUGCCGCUGUCCAUCUCGCUGAGCGCCUCCGUCGCCGACCUCAAGACCAUGCUGCAGCGCUCCACCAACAUGCCCAUUGCUAAACAGAAGCUGCAGUACGAGGGUCUAUUCUUCAAAGACAGCAACACACUGGCAUACUACAACGUGCCGCCCGGCGCGGUCAUACAACUGCAAGUGAAGGAGAGAGGAGGACGCAAGAAGUAAAAGAGAGAGACACAACACACACAGUAGUGUUUAUUCUGGCAUUCAAGUGCAUAAGCUAUAGGUAUAGGACAUUACAAUAUUAUAUCAAAGAGUUAACUUUUUGGGAAGUGAUACCUAUAAAAUAAUUGAGUUGAAUGGGUAAAAUGACAGAAAAUUGUAUCUUGAAAUAAAAUGUGUUUAUGAUACUAGCAAACUAAAUAAACACAAUUACAUAAUUC